AUGCUUAUAGAGCACAACAUGCCCAAUAUCUGCAUAAAGAUGCAGUCGCUUGUAUGCAGGUAUGGUGGAUGCUGCACCAUAUGGGAAAGUUGGUGGCAACAGGCAACGCUGUCAUCAUUCCAUACAUAUCGGAAGGCUUCACACGAACGUGGUAUUUGGAGAGUCGCGCCUAAUACCGUGCACUGCCACGAAACUAACAAUUAUGGCCAUUGUGGUAGCUUUGAUAAAAGGUUUUCGCACCACUCAGCCCAGCGGGGGAAGUACUAUACCAACCGGUUUUACAUGAAAAAGUGUAAAGCAUGCGCCUUGUGGAACAACUUGUCAGUGAUGCAGUGCGUCCACUGCCUCACGGCUCUGGGGGACGAGGACAUCAGGCUGCGCGUAGUUGACCCCCUGUGUCGGACCGCCAACUCAAGAAGAGGGGAAACUGAGAAUGGGACCGUCGAAUACGUCAUGUUACACCGGUGCUUUGACUUCACGAUCAUGGUGCACCCACAGCCCUCGGCGGCGAUACACCUCUCAGCUGUGCCCAACGGAACCUUCUACGACAUCAAGAACUUCAGGAAGACCCACGUCCCCAUGAUCACCAAAAUGAAGUCCCGCUGCGACGCUAUUAUACACGACGUUAUAACCGGCCACGCUGGGCCUGAUUACCUAAAGAAUAGCGUGUCAGUUAACCAUCUACGAGGGAUCAUCCAGGCCCCCCAACGUGGAUCGAAGAGGCGAAAAGUCAGUGAUAUAGUCUCGGAAGCCAUAUACGGGUUCAAUUACCCCAACAACUUCUCCCACGUCGGAAUGCACGCCAUUGUGCCCCCAAUAAAGUGCUUCAACCUGUUCAAGAGCCCAUUUUUCUACCCACUGUCAAAGGUGCUAUCGGACCUCGAGCACCUAUCCCAAGUGAAGGCAUACACGGCGGACGAGGCGAAGCAGCUGUAUGAAAAAGACAUCAUCAUGGAAGAGAUUGUGGACAUAGACGCUACCUUCAGGGCACAAUACGGUUUCUGA